CACGCCGCCUGCGCAGCCGGUCCACGCCCAAUUUUCCGCCUGCGAAGUUCUCGUCCGUUCGCCUGUGACCAGCCCUCUGCCCUGUCCUCCGCCGCCGUCCCAGAGCAUCAAGAUCGCCUCCUCCUCGCCGUCCCGCUUCGCCUCGCACCAACAGCUCCAAAGCACUCCUGCUGUGGAAACAGUCCAGUCGAACAGCGCAAAUAUGUCUCGACGACGAGCCACAGGCAAAUCCGUCGGCACGCCGCCGUCCAUUGAAGAGUCGCCCGCCGCUUCCUCCUCGUCGCAGCGACGAUCGAGUGUUCGCCUUCGCGGCCGAAGAUCGCAGAAGGUCCAAGCCUCGGGCGAACUGUCCGAAUCCUCGCCCAGCCAUGUCUCCGAGACAUCGCAGUCCGAGUACGAUGACGGCAAUGACGAUGCCAACAACAACGACAACGACGACAACGACGAGAACAACAACGACAAUGCCAGCGAUGCCGACUGCUUUAUUGUCGACGAAGCCGGCCCGAGCUCCCGCUGGUCAACGCCGGCGAGCUCGAUGCCGUCGACUCCUGCGAGCUCCAAGGCUUCGACGUCCAAGCGAGCAUCCGCUUCUGCCAAAAGAUCAGCCACAAAAGCCAAGCCGGCUGCUCGGCGGGCCUCAAGCCGCUCGACGUAUGCCUCGGACGAUGAUGACGAGGACGAAGAGGAAGAGGAGGAAGAUAGCGAGGUCGAGGAGCGCCCCAGCAAGGCCCGCAAGUCAUCCCGGUCAUCCAAGAAGGCAAAGGAGCCCAAGGUCGAUUAUCGUGAAUAUCACCCGGAGCUCGAUGCCGUCUGGAGUGAGCUGAAGGAGGCUCCCGUCUUCAAGUGCACUGUGGAGCAGCCCAGUGACGUGAGCGUCAAGCUGCUGCCAUUCCAGCUCGAAGGCUUGGCCUGGCUGCAAGAGCAAGAAGAGUCCCGGUUCCACGGAGGGAUCCUGGCCGACGAAAUGGGCAUGGGCAAAACCAUCCAAAUGAUCUCGCUGCUGGUCACCAAGCGACAUGUGAAGCCCAACUUGAUUGUCGUCCCAACCGUCGCUCUCCACCAGUGGAGGUCUGAGCUUGCGGAGCGCACAUCGGCCAAUUUGAGUGUCAAGCUGUACCAUGGAGUCGCUCGGACGGAGACGGCCGAAGACCUGGCCAAGUUCGAUGUUGUUCUUUCUACCUACUCGAUCUUGGAAGGCGCCUUUCGACGCCAGAACUCGGGCGUCAAGAAAAACGGGCUGCUGACCAAGACGCCGUCGCCGAUCCACCGAGUCAACUGGGCGCGGGUGAUCCUCGACGAAGCGCACAACAUCAAGGACCGCACCUGUUCAACAGCCCGCAGUGUCUUUGCCUUAACUUGCGAGCGUCGCUGGAGCUUGAGUGGUACUCCUCUGCAAAACCGAGUCGGAGAGCUCUACUCGCUGAUCCGCUUUUUGCAGACCGACCCUUUCAGUUUUUACAUCUGCAAGAAGUGCCCGUGUAAGCUCAAAUCAUGGACAUUCAAGGGCAAUAUCGAAUGUGCCGAAUGCGGCCACACAGCGUACAGCCACUUUUGUUGGUGGAACUCGGAGAUCCUGAAGCCAAUCCAGCGCUUUGGCGCACUUGGCGAUGGCGCCACAGCGUUUGAGAAGCUGCGUCUUCUACUCGACCGUAUCAUGCUCCGGCGAACAAAGCUGGAGCGAGCAAGUGACCUCGGACUGCCUCCGCGGGUGGUCGUUGUUCGCAGAGAUCUAUUCAAUGUCGCUGAGGAAGAGCUGUAUGAGAGUCUCUACACGGACUCGAAGCGUACCUUCAAUACCUAUGCCGAAGGCGGCACAGUGCUCAACAACUACGCGAGCAUUUUCUCGCUGCUCAGCAGAAUGAGGCUUGCUGUCAACCAUCCAGAUCUCGUCACCAAGCGCCUUGAGCGCGACCAGAAAAUCGGCGCUCUGAAAGACACACUGGUGUGCGGUAUCUGCCAGGAGCCUGCCGAGGACCCGAUUGCCAGCAAGUGCAAGCAUAUAUUUUGUCGUGAGGACGUCCGACAGUACAUCAUCAGCACACCAGAGGACCAAGUUCCGGCAUGUCCUGUCUGCUUCAAGUCGCUGACAAUCGAUCUGUCGCAAGACGAGGUUUUGCCGAACCAGAGCGCCGGAGACGCCCUCUACAGGACCAGCAUCGUCAACCAAAUCGACUUUACCAAAUGGAGGAGCAGCACCAAGAUCGAAGCCUUGAUCGAGGAACUCUCGGAGCUGCAGCGAGAGGGCGACUACACUUCAAAGUCGCUGGUCUUUUCGCAGUUCACUGCCUUCCUCGACUUGAUCCAGUGGCGACUCUCGCGGGCGGGCUUCAAUGUGGUCAAGCUCGAUGGACGCAUGUCGCCCGACCAGCGCAGCGCUGUCAUCAACAAGUUCAUGACAGAUCCAAACGUGACCGUCUUCCUGGUCUCGCUCAAGGCUGGCGGCGUGGCCCUGAAUCUUACCGAGGCCUCGCGGGUCUAUGUGAUGGACCCCUGGUGGAAUCCCGCUGCUGAGGACCAAGCAUUCGAUCGCAUCCACCGUCUGGGUCAGUACCGACCGAUCAAGAUCACACGCAUGAUCAUCGAGAACUCGAUCGAGUCCCGAAUCCUGCAGCUCCAAGAGAAGAAGAAGGCGCUGUUUGCCUCGACCGUCGGCAAGGAUAUGGAUGCCCUCAGCAAGCUGUCCGAGGAAGAUCUGCGGUUCCUGUUUGUCCUCUGAGAAGCUGCCGCCACAUGGGUUCUGUUGGCAAUCGAGCGGGGUUUGGCUGGUUAGGGGAGCCCAAGCUUGAAUACAUGUGGUCAGCCUACUGCGGCGGUGA